CAUUGUGUCGAAAAUUUGUUUUCCUCCAAAUUGAGUGGAAUGACACUUGCGAUGUAUAUAACUAUCUGACGAUGUAAUAAAUAUUAAGUUUUAUCAGUUAUAUAGUGUUAUGCGGAGUAGAGACUCGUGUAUGAGUUAUUAUUUAAUUAAAUUUUGUUCUCUGUGUAACCAGUGAUAGUUUAAAUUUUAUCAUGUCAAGUAUUUUGCUGUUACAAUCUUCCCCGCCAAAACUAGAAGAUGUUCAAAGAAAAUUAUACAAUAAGGGUGCGCUUGAAUUUCUAGUCCACUUGCAUAGAGAAUUUGAUUUGAAAAUAGAACAACUUUAUAAGAAUAGAGUUCAAAGGGCGGUAGAUACGAAAUCAGUCUGUAAAGUAGAUUUUAAAAUAUCAUCGGAAAGAUUGGACAAAUCUUGGAAUGUUGCUCCGUUGCCCACUAGGCUUCAAAAUCGUCAUUUGGAUUUGGGAGAUGUGUCAGCAUCAAAUACUGCACAUUUCGUAGCUGCUUUAAAUGCUGAUAUCCAAGGGGUCCAGGUUGAUUUUGAUGAUGGGCAUUGCCCUACAUGGCGGAAUCAGUUGGUGGCCUUUAAUAAUAUUUAUUUGGCUGUAAAUGGAAAACUUCCAGGAGCACCAAUUAGCAUCACAACUUGUCCAGUACUGAUGCUCAGGCCUAGGGCAUGGAAUAUGAUUGACCAUGAUAUUUUGAUUGAUGGUAAGGAAGCAAUAGGUCCUCUAGUUGAUUUUGGAAUUCUCAUGUAUCAUAAUGGAAAGAAAUUGUAUGAGGCCAACAGUGGGCCGUACUUCUACUUGUCCAAAUUAGAAGGGGCUUCCGAAGCUCAACUCUGGAAUGAGAUAUUUGUAUGGACUCAGAACAAACUCGGAUUGCCCCAUGCAACAAUAAAGGCUUGUGUUUUGAUAGAGAAUAUUAUAUCAACCUUUGAAUUAGAAGAGAUAUUAUUUGCACUAAAAGACCAUUGUAUGGGCUUGAACUGUGGGAUAUGGGAUUAUUGUGCAUCAAUUAUUGCAAAGUUUGGUGACCGCAAAGAGUUCCUAUUGCCCGAUAGGAACAAAUACGUCAAUAUGGACAAGAAGUUCCUCAACAGCUAUAUGAAGCUAGUGGUCAACACUUGCCACGAGCGUGGUGCCCUGGCGACGGGUGGCAUGGCCGCAGCCAUGUUGAAGCCAGGCAGUGAUGGCGCCGAUGACAAAUCAAAGGCAAUAAUAAACAGAGUACUGGAGGCGAAGUCGAAGGAAAUAGAAGCUGGAGUUGAUGGCUUCAUGGUUUACGACACCAGAAUAGUUCCCCAUAUAAACGAGCUCUGGAAGAAGACUAGCGGAACACUGAACCAGCUCCACCGCAUAUUUGACCUUAACAUAGCACCACAAGAGCUAUUAUCGCUUCCAAGUGGCGGUGUGACAAUGCAAGGUCUCAAACACAACGUGGCGGUAUCUAUACUGUUUGUUUAUCACUGGUUGGCAGGGAUUGGACAUUUCUUCUACAGCGGCAACAUUGAGGAUUCAGCAACCGCUGAGAUAUCUAGAGCGCAGAUUUGGCAGUGGAUUCGAUUCUCGCCUAUGCUAGAAGACAGUCAAAACCAAUACGUUACCGCCCAACUGGUGGAUAAAGUGGCGACAAACUUCGCUUCACACGCGCACAAGAACCUGUGUCGUUCCAGCGCCGAACGUAAGCGCCUCACAGCGGCUAAAUACAUGUGCCUGGAACUGUUCCUGGCUAGAAACCCACCGGAGUUUAUCACUACUUAUCUUAAUGAUAACCACAAGUUCAGAACUUUGCAUAACAAGGCGCUUUUAAGCAAUCUUUAAACAUCAAUAAGUAACCACCGCUCGUAUUCAGUAGACUCCACGAGCGGUCAAUCAACCCAGUCAACACUCUCAAGGAAACUGCUCACUAACCGGUUAAUAAAUUUCGUUCCCUGAUACCCGUUAGUAUUGUUAAUGUACCUGGUAUAACAAUACUAACAAAUUUAGUCAUUCCAAAAAAGUAAGUGUAUACAUUCCAGAUAUGAGAAUUAAACUUAAAAUAAAAAGCAGAUUGAUUGCUAUUUAUUACUUAGUCGCGUAGUUAUAGUGUAAUAAAUAUGAACUUACAUAUUUGUAAAAAAGAACGAUGUCAAGAUGAAGGGUCAUACGACAGAAACGCAGCUUUUAGAAAUCGCUGGACUUACUUAAAAUAAAUAGGCUUGCUCGCUCGCUCGUUUCAAAUAAAACCCUUUCGACAAUCGUUUAAUAUAAUCCUUUCUUGAUUGACCAAUGAACGAUGCCAAAUUAAAAUUGUAAUAGUAAAUAAUAAGUUAUAUUAAUUUUUUUUUGUUAAUCAUUAUGGGAAGAGACAGGUUUAUAGGUGAAUUCGUCUAAUUUAUUCUUAUUAGGAAACAAUUAAAAAUCACUACUAAUAUUUUAUGCCCAGUGCUUUUUUGACUUGUUAAAAUAAUUUUAAGUAUUGUUUUGUUAUUACAAGAAUUCGUAAUUAUUAAUGGAUCUUAAAUUAAGAUAUAAUGCAUAACAAAAAUUGAUGGUAAUUUUCUUGUACACAAAUCUCUUAAUUAACUAAAUUCAAAUGUUUAAAAGUAGUUUAGUAGUAAUUGAAAUGUUUAAGUUGUAGAAGAGCGUUUUAUGAGAGGGCUCUUCCAGGGUAGUACCACUUUUUCUGUCGCUAAGUAGAAUUGCUGUGUUCAGGUCUGAACGGCGUGGUUGCCGUAGUAAUGAAAGGUACACGAGGCUUAAAACCUAGGGCUCAGUUUGAUGGACCCAGCGCGGCACUUUGCAGGGCGUUCUUAUUUACUAGAGAGGGUGUACAAAAGAAUUGGUACCAUUAACAUAAACAUACCAAAUUAUUAACCAAAUUUAUAAAAUAUUAUAUUUUUUUAUUGUUACGGAUUGUA